GAACCGCGUCCUUACGUACGACAGCCUUGUGCUCUAACCACUCAGCUAUCCGGAUACAGCAGUAGAUAGGUCACUUAUUAAGGAGGGGUGACUAUACCAUUGCUGGCAACGCUUUGCAGUGGAACCAACAUUCUCACGAUCGACGAGUGGAUCGCCCCAACAGCACUUGGCUUAGAACAGUAGAUGAGAAGUGCGGUCGCCUCCAGAAGUCCUGGGGGAACCGAAGCGCCUUUCAGACAACCGCGAAUGAUGGCGCGUAGAUGCGGUUGACACGCUACACCCCACCAAGAGGAUUUUUUGCCAGCAUAUCAUCAAGCUCAAUGAUUGGAAUUGGCGAUCAAUUUCCGAAUUUCCAAGCGGACACUUCAGAUGGACCAAUUGAUUUUUACGAAUGGCUUGGUGAAUCAUGGGGCAUUUUAUUUUCACAUCCCGGCGACUACACCCCGGUAUGCACCACAGAAUUAGCACGCGUUGCACAACUGAUACCGGAAUUCGAAAAACGAAACUGUAAGCCGAUCGCACUAUCGAUUGACUCGGUGGAAUCUCAUAAAGGGUGGAUUGAAGACAUUAAGAGCUACGGAAACUUGACCGAAUUCCCAUAUCCAAUUAUUGCUGAUGAAAAUCGAGAACUAGCUGUAAAAUUGAAUAUGUUGGAUAAAGAUGAAAUCAGUAAGGAUGGACUACCAUUAACUUGCCGCGCAGUAUUUAUAGUUGAUGAUAAGAGGAAAUUUCGACUUUCCCUGCUAUACCCCGCAACAACCGGAAGAAAUUUCGAUGAAAUCUUAAGAGUUCUCGAUUCUCUCCAACUCACCGAUAGCAAUAAAGUUGCAACUCCUGUUGACUGGAAGAACGGCGAUGAAUGCAUGGUGAUUCCAACUGUUGAUGAUGCUGACGUUCCUGGGCUAUUUCCAAAGGGAGUUACUAAGGUUGAAGUGCCAUCAGGAAAAGGAUACAUCAGGAAGACACCACAACCUUGAAUGUAUUAAUCACGGCGGCCUUAAAAAGGAAUUCCACUUUUUGUUUGCAUUUAUGAAGAGCACUCACUAUUUUCGGAGAAGCAUAAAGUUUGAUAUAUAGUUUAUUAAAGCACAUAUUGUGUGGAAGGCAUUUAAA